AUGCAGGGCUUCAACAUGGGGCGGUACUACCCGCCCGACGCCUCGAACCCACCCAGCUUCAACAACUCCUCCCACCCGCUCGGCAAACGCGCCAACAAGAUCACCCAAGGCAUCCUAACCGUCCGCUUCGAACUCCCCUUCGCUGUAUGGUGCAACCACUGCACCCCACCCGCCAUAAUCGGCCAAGGCGUCCGUUUCAACGCCGAAAAGAAGAAAGUAGGAAACUACCACACCACCCCAAUAUGGAGUUUCCGCAUGAAGCACAGCGCGUGCGGCGGGUGGUGGGAGAUCCGAACCGAUCCACAAAACAGCGAAUACGUAGUCGUUGAGGGGGCGCGACGCCGCGACUAUGGACCUACUGUGAAAGACGAUACAGCGGAUGGCGAGCUGAAGUUCCUGACAGAGGAGGAGAGGCAGAAGAGGCGGGACGAUGCUUUUGCGAAUCUAGAAGGCAAGAUGGAGGAUAAGGGGAUUGAGAAGAAGAAUAGGGAGAGGGUGGAGGAGCUGUAUGAUAAAGCGGAGGUUUGGCGGGAUCCGUACGAUGUCAAUGCGAAGUUGAGGGAAGUGUUCCGUGGGAAGAGGAAGGUGUGGAAGAGGGAGGAUAGGCAUAAGGAGGAUAUGCAGGAGAAGUUUAGUUUGGGGCUGGAUAUUGUGGAUGAGACGGAGGCGGAUAGGACGAGGGCUGGGCUUGUGGAGUUUGGUGCUAAGGAUGUGGGUGACGGUGGGGGGUUGGAAGGGUUGGCGUGGAAGCCGCUGUUUGGGGAGGCGGAGGGGGAGGAUAAGAAGGAUGGGGAGGCGGUGAGGAAGACGAGGAAGCUUAAGGCGGAGGUUGCGAAAGAGAAGUCGAGGCUGGGGUUGCAGCAGACGCUGGUGGGCAAUACGAGGGCGGUGGUUGAUCCGUUCCUGAACAAAGAGGCUCCGGCGACACCGAGAGUCAAUCUCGGCAUACUGAAGAGGAAGAGAGACCCUGAGACGAAAGACCCAGUUGCGAUCUCGUCGCCAUCGGGUCAAGAGAAGGAAAAGACGGAUACCGCGGUGCCGAUGAAGAAGCAGGCCUUGCUUGGGGCGUUGGUGGGUUACGACUCGGAUUGA